CACUGAAUGGGGGAGUUUGCUGAACCAACGAUUGGACCGCAUUGAACGUCCGGUGAAAAUUCUGACUUCGGGCUUGGGCCUGUUUCGGCCCCAAGCCUUGUGGCGCCAGCGUGCGGGGCUUGUGAUGGGCCGCAGACAACGCCGAAGACAGCAGCAGAGCCGUGAGGGAGGCUCCCAGGGCUGGGCCGAUGGUGGGUAUCCGGACAUCGUGAAGGAGAAUGCGUCGUUUGAACACUACUACGGGCAGCUUGGCAUUGUGCCUCAGGAGGAAUGGGAGAGCUUCCUGGCCACUCUGCGGGAGCCUCUGCCAGCCACCCUGCGGAUCACAGGAUAUAAGAGCCAUGCCAAAGAAAUUCUCCGUUGUUUAAAAGAGAAGUAUUUCAAGGAGAUAGAGAACCUGGUGGUAGAUGGUCAGAAAAUUGAAAUGCCGCAGCCAUUAAGCUGGUACCCAGAGGAGUUGGCAUGGCAUACAAACCUAAACCGAAAAAUCUUACGGAAAUCUCCACAGUUAGAAAAAUUUCAUCAUUUUCUUGUUAGUGAAACCGAAUGUGGGAAUAUUAGUCGUCAGGAAGCUGUCAGUAUGAUCCCUCCAUUGCUUCUUAAUAUUCAGCCUCAUCAUAAGAUUCUAGAUAUGUGUGCUGCACCUGGAUCCAAGACUGCCCAACUUAUUGAGAUGCUUCAUGCAGACAUGAGUGUUCCUUUUCCAGAGGGAUUUGUAAUUGCAAAUGAUGUAGAUAACAAACGUUGUUAUCUGCUAGUUCAUCAGGCAAAGCGGUUGAACAGUCCUUGCAUUAUGGUUAUAAAUCAUGAUGCCUCAAGUAUCCCUAAUAUACAGAUCAAUACAAAUGGGAAAAAAGAGAUCCUCUUCUAUGACAGAAUAUUGUGUGAUGUUCCUUGCAGUGGAGAUGGAACCCUGAGAAAAAACAUUGAUAUAUGGAAAAAGUGGAGUACACAUAAUAGUUUGCAACUACAUGGACUACAGCUAAGGAUUGCAACUCGUGGAGUCGAACAGCUGGCAGAAGGAGGUAGAAUGGUGUAUUCUACCUGUUCAUUGAAUCCUAUUGAAAAUGAAGCUGUCAUUGGUUCUCUGCUGGAAAAAAGUGAAGGUGCCUUAGAACUUGCUGAUGUCUCUUCUGAGUUGCCAGGUUUGAAAAGUCUGCCAGGCAUUACAAAAUGGAAGGUAAUGACCAAAGAUGGCAAUUGGUUUGAAGACUGGAAAGAAGUACCUUCUAGCAGGCAUACACAGAUCCGCCCCACAAUGUUCCCUUUAAAAGAUGAACAAAAAUUGAAAGCAUUACAUUUGGAGCGCUGUUUUAGAAUUUUACCACAUCAUCAGAAUACUGGAGGUUUCUUCAUUGCUGUAUUAAUUAAAAAAUCUCCUAUGCCAUGGAACAAGCGUCAGCCCAAGGUUCAGAAUAAGCUGCCUCAAAAGACUGGAGAUUUAAUACCUGUAGAUGCAGAACAGGAUCCUUUAGAAAGUAAAGAUCCUAUAAUGAAAGAUGCAAAAGAUGGAGAGACCUCAGUAACUGAGAGUGUGGAGAACAAGAAGGAUGGUGUUUGUGGACCUCCACCAUCUAAAAAAAUGAAGCUUUUUGGAUACAAAGAAGAUCCAUUUGUUUUUCUUCCUGUAGAAGAUCCUUUGUUUCCUCCUAUUCAGAGCUUUUAUGCACUGGACCCUUCAUUCCCUAAGAUGAAUUUGUUAACUCGUACUCAGGAAGGAAAGAAAAGACAGGUGUAUAUGGUUUCCAAGGAGAUACGGGAUGUACUGUUAAACAACAGUGAAAAGCUAAAGGUUAUUAAUACAGGAAUUAAAGUGUGGUGCCGCAAUAAUGAUGGAGAUGGUUGUGCCUUCAGAUUAGCACAAGAGGGCAUAUAUACAUUGCAUCCUUUCAUCAGUGCCAGAUCUAUUACGGCUGGCAUAGAAGAUAUUAAAAUUUUGUUAACUGAAGAAAAUCCAUUCUUAAGCAGGUUCAGUAAUGAAACACGCAGUCAACUGAAUGGAAUGGCUAUGGGUAGCAUAGUCUUGAAAUAUGAACCAGACCAAAGCAAACAAGACACCCAUGAGUGCUCUAUUUUGCUGUGUGGUUGGCUUGGCAAGACAUCUCUUCGUGCUUUCGUGCCCAAGAAUGAGAGAUUACAUUACCUGAGAAUGAUGGGACUUGAAGUAUUCAAAGCAAAAAGGAAAGAAGAAAAUUUAGAAGGUCAGUUGGAAACAGCAUCUACAGAUACUUCGGGACAAGUGCUAGAAGAAUUGGAAUUCGGAUGUAAAACCAAAAACAUCAAUCAGUUACCAACAAUAAUAGAAGAUGAAUUGAAUGGACAGCAUGAAAAAAUGUUAAUGGAAGCCAGCAUAGUAGAAAAUCUUUCUUCCACUGACAAAGAUGAAAAUACCAAAAAUAUUCAAAGCAAAAGUAAUGUUGACAUUAUGGAAAAAAAAGUCUAAAAAGUCAAUUUGCAUUGACUAUUCAUGCGAAUUUUUUUUAUAAUUAUGUACUGCAAAGCAUCUAAAAUGAUUUUAAUAAAGAAGCUAUUUCAGUUGUUGAGAAA